CAGAUAAAUUUACUCAGUUCAGUUUCAGGCGGGUUUGUUAUGGUUUUGUCCGCAUAGGUUUCGCGACUGAAAUCUUUAAAAAUGACCUAUUUGUAGGACAGCAAAAAGAAAGAUAGGGGUAUUUUAGUGUUUUAAUAGUUUGUAUGUAGAAAGACUACUGACGGUUGUCUACUGGUUUUUAUUUAUUCAUUUUAAUACAUUGACAUUAACGUUAGUGUAACAGCUAUGACAAUGUUGUAAAGUUACUAGCAUCACGUUAUUUCUUAACGUUCAUUACUGGUUGCCUUAUAUGUAACGUUAUGUAGCAUGCUGCUAUUAUGUCUGUUUGGCAACAUUAACUAGGCUACAACUACAUCAGGGGCUCGCUCACAAACCCACUUCACGUUAGCACUAGAUCGUUAUUUUGGAAUAUUUCUUGAGUGGAAAUCUCCGUGCUAUGGUAUGCUAUGGAACGUCCAUCGAGGAACAGGAAGGAAAUUAAUUAUAACGUUACAGAUUUUCAAGACGAUGAUGAUGAGGACUUUGCUGUGAAGGCCCCUGCUAGUAAAAAGGCUCGACUAGAUGCUGAGAAGAGAAAAAAAUCAACUGUCAAAUCCGCGAGCCAGGAGAAUGGACAUCUUAUUCAAGAUCGUAAGGAGAGGACACCUCUGUCUGACAAACUCUAUGAAAGGGACCUAGAAGCAGCUCUCACACUUUCAAUGCUUCAGACCACUGAAACGAGAGCAGUGGAGGGACUCGGUCAGCAAGUUGAUGAGAACCAAGCCCAACACUCAGCACCACCAUUGUCCAACUGCAGUGUGGAUAGCAAAAACCAUGGGCUAAAUGAUAUCACAAAUGAGCAGUUAUCCCCUAAAUCAUCCAAACAAAGGAAGGCUGCUUCCGUGGCACAGUCCUCCCUGAAGAAAGAUAAAGAUAGUGCUGCAGAUGAGGACUACCUCCCACAAAACACACCUGACUCAGAGAGUGAAUCAGAUUUCAGUGAGGAGAACGAGAGCGAAGAGGAGGAAUUUACCAUCAAGAAAGGGCCGAAAAAGAGUAAACAGAGCAAGGGCAACAAGAAAACACCCCCUCCAAAGAAGGAAAAGCAGACCCCUAAGGCUACCAAAUCUAAAACACCAGCCACAACAACAGCAACUCCCUCCAGCAGCAGAGGUCUGGCAAGCCCCACCAUCAGUCUAAGUCCAGUUACAACCAACACUGCACCCGCCCUGAAGAAAACCCCCGCUACUCCCCCCAUGUCAAGCCCUGUACUCUCCACAAGUCCAGCUGGAGGUAGAAUUCCCAAGUGGAAUCCUCCAGGUCAUAUUGGAAGAAGUCCUAGUACUUCUCAAGGCGCUGCAGUAAAGUCUCCCGGUCAGGGCCUACGUUUAGGACUCUCCCGUAUGGCCAGGGUGAAACCCCUUCAUCCAAAUGCUGCGGCUCACUGAUGGCUGGCAUCCAGUCUUCUGAUAUUUCAAACACAGCCUACAGAACUUUAUGCCCCCAUAAGUAAACCAUCAUCUGGAUUAAUCUCUAAUAGCCACACAAUUGAACGCUGUAAUAACAAAGGUAUUGAAACAUAGCGGCUCCCUCUGCUGGAUUCCUAAAGAAUUUCCAGGCGUCUAUAUGUCAAACUUUGUACAGUAUGUGUUGUCGGUUCAUUUAAUACCAUUUAUUUUAAAAGCAUGUUGAAUUUAAUAUGUUUCUACGGUAAUGUCAGUGUUUUUUUUUUUUUUUUUUCUAGUGACUUGUACAUUUGGCUGGAAUGGAACAUUAAAAAUUAACUUGAGUCAAAAACUCUAA